AUGGCAGCAUACGACAGAGCUGGCAACCCAAGGGAGCACGUCCUCAACUACAAGGCUUUCAUGGAGUUGCAGACUCUAUCGGAUGCCUUGAUGUACAAGGUAUUCCCUACGACGCUAACAGGGCCGGCACGGGCGUGGUUUAACAGCCUGGAGGUUGGGAGUAUCAGAAGUUUCGGAGACCUGGCCAUCGCCUUCAUCAGCCGGUUCAUAGCCGGAGUGCCAGUAGAUAGGAAGACCAGCUACUUGGAAACGGUCAGGCAGAGAGGAGACGAAUCGCUGAGGGAGUAUGUUGCUCGUUUCAACACGGAGGCCCUACAGAUCCCCGAACUAGAUGAGGGCCGAGUAGUGGAAGCUUUGCAGAAGGGGACGACCUCCCUCGAAUUCGCCAAGGGGGUGGAAGACAGAGGAAAAGCCCCUGAAGAAAGGAGGUCAGAAAGGCAUGAGAAGAAGCAGAGCAAGAAACCUGAGCCCUAUAGGCAGCCCUGGGACCGAAGAGACCAAAGACCUUUCCCUCCUCGGGUUCCAGAACAAAAGCCAUUCCCUCCGCGUAUUCUAGAGAACCUGACCCCGCUCAACGCCUCCAGAGCCGAGGUGCUCAUGGCAGUACAGGACAAAGAGUUCCUUCAAUGGCCCAGGCCUAUGAGAGCAGAAGCAAACCAGCGAGAUCCUAACAAAUACUGUCAGUAUCAUCGUACACACGGCCAUGACACCAACAACUGCUACCAGCUGAUCAGUGAGAUCGAAAGGCUGAUCAAGAGGGGCCACUUAUGGAACUUUGUGAAGAAACUAGAAGGAGAAAGGCCCCAGCUGAACCCUACAGUAGAGAGGCCCCGGAGAGUUGGAGCAGGGCCGGUGAAUGAUGGCUCCAGUGGAACCAUCAACAUGAUCGUUGAGGGAACCGGAGAUCGGAUGAGCCGAAGGGGAAAGAAGAGGGGUCGAGAUGGGGAAAGCAGCAGCGCCGAAGUCAUGCAGGGUCUUCCAGCAGAUGGGAAUCCCUACGGAGCAAUUGGUUCAGGACUGGGCCCCAGUCAAAGGGAUCGGAGGAGUCCCAGUGCCUGUGGAGGGGAAAGUAAAGCUGACUCUUACUCUAGGAGAAGCGCCAAGGACCCGCACUCAUUAUGCGAUGUUCUUAGUAGCCAAACUCCCCCUAAGCUACAACGCGAUAUUGGGAAGACCUGCACUAUUUGA